UUUUGUCCCUAAGGUGUGUUACCUGUUACACGGAAGUACUGUAAUUUGCGCUUAAGCAACACAAACAUGUUUUUCCAGUAUACAAGUAUUCGUGAAUGCAGUCGAUAGAGCUUUUUGCUUAGACGCAAACACAGUUGAAAUAUACAGCGCAUUUUGGGCACAGUUCAGCUUAGCUAAAGAGCAAAAUAAUAAAAGUUCCUUAAGUAAUGGCUACUAAAAUUGACAAUGAUUAACUCUGACCCCGUUGGCACUAUAUUAUCGGAAAACCAUGUCCUAAAUUACAGCUCAAGAUAGUCGAAAAUGUCAAAGAUUUCAUUAGUAAUUAACUUAAUUGCGAAGAAUUUUUUUAUUUUGAUUAAAUCACUAAAAUAGAACAAGUUUAGGGUUAAUUGUGGUAAAUAUUUUCAUAUUUUGCAAGGAAUUUUUACUCGCAAUAGAUGUUACUUCUAGCGGCACACCAGAAGAAAAAUUAAAAUGGGCAUUUAGAAUGUACGAUGUCGAUGGAAAUGGCGUUAUUGACAUUCAAGAAAUGACAAAAAUUGUUCAGGCAAUCUAUGACAUGCUAGGAGCAUGCUCAUCAAAUCGUCCCGCUGAUUCUGCAGAGGAGCGUGCAAAAAAUAUAUUUGCUAAAAUGGAUGAAAAUAACGACGGUCAAUUAACUCAAGAUGAAUUUUUGAAAGGAUGUUUGCAGGAUGAAGAGUUGUCUAAAAUGCUGGCCCCUUAAAUAUUUAUAUCCCAUAAUAUGUGUGUAUUUGAUGAAAUCAGUAAUGAAAUGUAUAAAUAUUUAAUUUAUAUUUCUUAUACUAAAAUUAUAUAAAAAUAUUGAAUAUCAGGUUACUUGUUUCAAUGACUUUUUUACAAUUUAAGCCACGACUAGAACGAAUAUGUUGAUUCAGUUCCAGCACUCAAAAAAUCUGCAAUCUCUAUCUAUAAGUCGAGUAGAGUGCGAUUACUAAUGAGGAGUGCCUUGGAUAUUUUGAAAUAUUAUUUUAUUUCCGGCUUGAGCACGACUUUAAUAUAUACGAUAAUAAACGUGGAGGGGUUUUUUAAUCUUCCUUUCUUUCUAUUUUUAGCGAUAUAUAUUGGUUUUGAUGAAAAGUUUUUCAGGCAUAAACCGAAGACUAUUAAAGUAAAGUGAACAAGAAUAUUUGAAUAUACUUGCUCUGCUGCGCGUGCUUUGGGUUCUUGACUAGCAUUGAUUUCACAAGGCGAACACUCAAAAUUCACUUAAGUGCAUGAUGUUGUUGUGAGCCUUACUCUUGGGAUGGCAGCAACCAAGAAAGCAUCAGAGGCAGUGAGCCUAAGUUUGUGAACUGCGAUCAAUAUCUGUCGUAUAGGCGAAGCACGAUAACAUUUUUUUUAUUACCCAAAAUCCGUACGGGCAAGUGUAUAGUCGGUUCUAAAGGGGACUUGCUUAAUCCAUUGUGUUUACUGUAAAGAAUAGUGACACAUUUAGUAUUUGACAUUUGAAAGAAUCAUUUAAUUAUUUAAUAUUCCCAUGUAGGGACUAACAAUUCAAUACAUAAAAUAUUGGUAUAAUAACUUUACUAUCGCGUGUAACGCGGAGUCCUGAUCGUUGUGCUAAGGUCAAGAUCG